UCACAUGACACAAUCAGCCACAUUUGAAGACCCUCGAAUAGAGAACUGCCAAAUAACCCCUCCAGCCCCUCGGAAAGUGGAAAUGAGGAGGGAUCCUGUGCUAGGAUUUGGGUUUGUGGCUGGUAGUGAAAAGCCAGUUGUUGUACGCUCAGUAACACCAGGAAAGAAGGUCUUCCCCCUGCUACAUUUAUAUUGGUUUGAUGUCACCUUCAUUGCCAUUGAAUCAGUGCUUUCAAGAGGCGGCCCCUCUGAAGGAAAGCUUAUACCAGGGGAUCAGAUCAUAAUGAUUAAUGAUGAGCCAGUCAGCACUGCUCCAAGGGAGAGAGUCAUCGACCUUGUCAG